AUGCCUUAUAAUGAGGUGGCUCCGCGCACCACGCUGAAGAAGAAUUAUAAGGACCCAGCCACGUGGCCCAAGUCUCUCCACGGGUUCAUUUCUGCGUCUUUCAAGAAGGCUUCUGAGCUCAAGCUGGACACAGAGACAAAGAAGAAGUUCCAGGCCGAGCUCAAGCAGCUGAUCAAUAAGGCCAUUGACGAGGGCAAGAUCGACGCCAAUUCGUGGGAAAGCCAGACCCUGCCGUCUUUGGGAGGCGCAGGAAAGCUCGAGCUAUACUGCGACUUGGUUGUGAAGGCAAGAAAGGAGAAGGUGGUUAAACAGACACAGCCUGUCAAACAAACUCUGAGCAAGAAGAACGUUUUCGAUGAACCACCAGAACCGCAGCCGUCCGCCCCGCUUCCACCGUUGAAGAAGAUGAAACGAGAUAGAAAGACCGAGGACUUGAUGAACUCGGAGAAACGCAAACAACUUCGCAGCCAGAGAUUCGAAAGAGAACUAAGCACUCCUCCUCCAGACCUGCCUUCCAUCCCCGUCAACACCAACGCGCCCCUAAUUGGCAAGUGCAAGGAAUUGGAGAAGAAGUAUCUGAGAUUAACGUCGCAACCCAAUCCGGCCACUGUUCGGCCCUUGCCUGUUUUGAAGAAGACUCUGCAACUUCUGAUCGAUAAGUAUUACCAAGGUGCAACAUACAACUAUCUUUGCGACCAGUUCAAGUCGAUGAGACAGGACCUGACCGUUCAGCAUAUCAAGAACUCCUUCACUGUGAAAGUGUACGAAUACCACUGCAAGCUGGCGAUCCAGUUCCAGGACUUGGGAGAGUUCAACCAAUGCCAGUCUCAGUUGAAGCUGCUCUAUGACAGUUUAGAGACCCCAUCCACGGAAUUCUACUCAUACCGUGUUCUAUACUACAUCAUCACCAACAACUUCAACGAGGCGUUUGCACUCAAGUCGCAGCUCCUGGAACAACAACUGCAGUUUGACGAGUACCUGGAAACAGCGUUCAGAUUGCUGGAGUUCACCAUGACCAACGAAUACUGGCAGUUUUUUCAGGUUGUAAAAACGCUACAACAGAAAGACAACGACGACCUGUCAAUUAAGCAAGAUACAAUUCAUAACAAAGUACUAACCGACCAGGAAGCCUUGAAGUUGGGCCACACUGUGUGGUUCUUUUUUUUGCAGCUCCUAAAGCCUAUAAUUUUCAAGAUCCGCAUCAACUCGCUGGCCACCAUAUGCAAAUCGUACCGCAAACUGUCUAUCGGAGCGUUGAGAGAGAUGUUUGGGGACUCUGAGUCGCAGCUGGACGAGUAUUUCGCCAGGCUGAAACUCGAUGUGUUUGUGGAGCAAGGGAUGUUUGACUGCGUGCAGUCGCGACAAACGGUGGACCAGCUCAAGAACCAGAACAGGAAAAUAGACAUCAAGGGACAGAUAUAG